AUGGAAAGUGCAAAGAGGUCAUCACCUCAACAAAAGAAGAAGCAGAAUCCGAACCGGUGUAGGCCGAAAUCCAGAGGGGGCUGCCAAAGGUGCAAGCAGCGGCGACGCAGAUGUGAUGAAACAAAACCAAGCUGUCAGGAAUGCUCCAAGCGCGGCUACGAGUGCCCCGGAUAUCAAAAGCAGAGCUUACAGUGGCGACAUGUCUUCAAAGAUGGAGAAGAGGCCCAGGGCUCAGAGUCUAAGCCUGGGGGAGCUGUUGAUACAUCCGAGGAUGGAAGUACUCAUCCUACCGUGAACAAUUCCAUUGAGACCGUUGCCUAUAGCAGUCCUCAACUUGAGCUCCCAGACAACUGGCAGGCCUCUCCAAAUGUGUUCGACCAACUGCCAGACUUUUCGGAGCCGAUAGAUUCCUGGUUCAACAUUGAAUCUGAGCCAGAGAGCGUAGCGCUGGCAAAAGCCGAAGCAGAUCCAGAUGGGCUGUCCAUCUUACGCCAGCGACUGGCCUCCACAUCAGUCCCUUCUUUCCUCAUUCAACUGCCAGUAAUGUUAGUGCAGUACUGGUUCCAUACAGUCUGCAAUCAAUGGUCCUCUUUCGACUGCCCUCUCAACCCAUUUCGAAUCAUCCUGAGUCGACUUUGGAGCCGAAACGCAGCUAUCUACUUUGCAAUCCAAAGCAUGUCAGCAGCCUCUCUGGCAAAUGAUUUUCCGAAUAUGCGAGCCAUCGGAAUACAGACCCAGCAACAGGCAAUCGCAUGCCUGAACAAUGCGGCUCAGAAAGGGCCCGCACAAACAAACGAUGAUGAGUACUUCCUGGCUCUUCUACUGGUCGGAUCUACUACUGGGUGGCACAACCCAUCUGAUCUAGGCCUUCCAUACCUGAAGGCAGCCCAGGAUCACCUUUCAAAACAAGAACGGCGAUGUAGCAACUCAGACCCGGCUCUAGCAAAAGAACAUCCGCUUUUUAAACAGUGCUUACUGUAUUGGAACCUACUAGCUGCCUUUGUCGCAGAGGAGUCUCCGAUAGUGGAUUUAGAGAGCCACACCGAAAUAAGUGAACCAGAUCUGUCCAUCUAUCUUGUUGAUGGACAGGCACUACCGCAUCCAUGGACUGGAUCUCUGAGGUAUGCCCUCAACCUCUUCUAUCGAACUGCAAGAGUGAUUCGGGCGGCAAAAAUCUUGCAUCGCACAAGGGAAGGCACGUUCGAUCCCAAUUUGAUUGAUUUAAGCUCCAUGGCCGAAGAGCUUGAUUUGAGGCAGAAAGCCGAAACCAUCGAAGAGAAAAUCCUGUUCACCGGAUUUUCGUUCUAUUGCGGGCCUGUUGACAUUGGCGAUUCAAACACACCGCCAUCACAUUUCCUCACGCUGGCCGAGGCAUAUCGAUGUGCAGCAAUAUUGCAGAUUUAUCAUGUUUUCCCGGACAUCCUCCAAGACAGGCUGCACAAGAACGAGACGGCUGAUGAUGAAAAUCCAAUCCCGGCUCUUUUCUUAUUGCUCUUCCCGGCACCAACUGGAUGGACGUCUCCUCCCGCCGAGGAUAUGCGUCACACGCUAGCAUUGCACAUUGUAUCUUUGCUGGACCAACUGCCAAUAACCUCUGGAACAAAAGUAAUGCAACCAGUAAUCUUGGCUAGCAUUUCGAGCGACCUUGUUUUCACCUCCGGGUCUGUGUUGGGUGCAUCGGCAAAUGCAAUCCUUAGUUUGAAUACGUUAGACGUUGAAAUUGCCCAGGCCCGGCGCAAAGUCAAGAUGAGAUUGACUGAGCUUCUUUUGAUUUUGCCGAAGCUUCCAAUGCAACGCAUUGUUAAUGUUGUGCACGAGACUUGGGAUCGUGCGGACUCUGGAUUGCAGGAGUUUUGGUUAGAUGUUAUGCUCGAUUUGAAUUUGGAAACAAUCAUGGGUUAG